UAUAUGAUUCAAUAUUGAAUUUUUUUGCAAUUAUUUAUUUCAAUGUUUCAUCCAAUACAACAAUCCCAUUUUCGUUAUCACUACCCCGAUGAACUUUUAGGCCUAAAAAUGUAUUUAACAUGCCCUAAAAAUUUGCUUUCAAUCACUGCCGUUCCUGUGUUUCUGAUCAGUUUCAACGUUACAAAUUAAUUUAAAAGAUAUUUAGUACUUAAACUAGAUUAUUUUCUUCGAUUCUUUGAAGUUUGAACUAUGUCAAAUUUAAUAGAUGGUAAGGAAUAGUCCUUUAAUCAUCCUUGUUGGUCCUCAGUUUGAAUCCGAUUCAAUAUAAUCCCUUCCCUGCAUUGAAAUCAUCGAUUGGAAGUAGGAACUUUAGAGUCGUUGGGUAUUUUAAGGUCAAAUUUUCGUGUUCCAUAUGUUGUAGAAAGCAUGACUUAAAAUCCUGUUGGACUCCUUUUUUAAUUUUUUAACUCUUAUCAGUUGACUUGUUUCUUGAUAUCAUUGUCUUUGAGUAGAUUACCAACCCGUUCCAGCUUUCUUGCUUUUUCUCUAUAUUCUAUGUCUGUUUUAUUGCUGUUUCUCGUGAAAAUUUCCUUGGUUUUCUCAGCCAAAAUUCUGAGAAAAAACCCAAAAAUUUCCCAAUAAAAAUUAUUUUUCUAUGAUUUAUUUCAAGGAUUGAACCUCUGCUUCUUUUUUGUUACAAUCCUUUCGAUCGGCAACUAUGAAUCUUUAUCAAAACUUGCUUGUCAUCGCAUCAGUUUCUAUAUUUCUCAGUGUUGCUUCAGCUUGCUCUGAUGGACAGUGCAAGCUGCUUGAUGAAUGUUCUUCUGAUGGAGAUUGUGAGGCUGGACUCUAUUGUUUCUCUUGCUCCCAAGGAUUUUCAGGUUCCAGAUGUGUAAGAUCAACCAUUUCAGACCAAUUCAAGCUUCUAAACAACUCUCUUCCUUUCAACAAAUAUGCAUUCUUGACAACCCACAAUGCCUAUGCCAUCGAUGGAUAUCCUUUGCAUACCCCAGUUCCUCGCGUUACCUUUACGAAUCAAGAAGACAUGAUUACUGAUCAACUCAAUAAUGGAGCCAGGGGAUUGAUGCUUGAUACAUAUGAUUUUGAUGGAGACGUGUGGAUGUGCCAUUCAUUUGGAGGAACUUGUCAUGACUAUACUGCAUUUGGACCAGCUAUAGACUAUUUGAAGGAAAUUGAAGCUUUCUUAUCAGCAAAUCCAGAGGAAAUUGUUACAUUAAUCUUGGAAGAUUAUGUCGGUCCAAAUGGUUUGACAAAGGUCUUAACUGAUGCUGGGUUGAUGAAAUACUGGUUUCCAGUAUCAAACAUGCCAAAAAAUGGUGAAGACUGGCCUCUAGUCAGUGACAUGGUUGCUAAUAACCAAAGACUACUUGUAUUCACGUCAAUUCAGUCAAAGGAAGCAAGUGAAGGAAUUGCUUACCAGUGGAAUUACAUGGUCGAAAAUCAAUAUGGGAAUGGUGGAAUGCAAGCAGGAAGUUGUCCUAACAGGGGAGAAUCAUCAGCUCUAGAUGACAAGAGUAAAUCCCUAGUAUUGGUCAAUUACUUUCAUUCAAUGUCAAGCAAAUUAGAGACAUGUAAGGACAACUCAGGGGAUCUUAUCAACAUGCUUCACACUUGCUAUGCUGCUGCUGGUAACCGUUGGGCUAACUUUGUUGCUAUUGAUUAUUACAAGAGGAGUGAAGGAGGAGGGUCAUUCCAAGCUGUUGACACUUUGAAUGGGAAGCUGUUAUGUGGAUGUGAUGAUAUACAUGCAUGUGUGCCGGGAUCAACUUCAGGGGCCUGCACACCAUAAGAUCAAUUCUAGCCAGAGGAAAUUCAUGGUUGAGGACCUCGUCAAGAUUUUGUGAAGCAAAGUUUUUUAGCAAUAAAUUCAUUCUUAUUGAUCAUCAAAAACUUUUGAUCCAAGAGUAAUUGUAGAUAUAUAUACUUGCAUGA